AUGGUGCGACCGAAGCUCGCUGCCCUUUUCCUGGCCAUUGUCGCCCUUGCCAACGGGCAGUGUCCCUUUGCCGAAAAUCUCGUCGCCAGAUCGGAUGAGGAAGUUACUUCUCGACGCCAUCUGGCUCAGUAUGACGUCGACGAUAGCGAGGGGUACCUCACCUCUGAUGUUGGCGGUCCCAUCGAAGACCAGAAUAGCCUCAAGGCCGGUGAACGGGGGUCCGUUCUCCUGGAAGACUUUAUUUUCCGACAGAAGAUCACCCACUUCGACCACGAGAGAGUCCCCGAGCGAGCUGUUCAUGCACGCGGCGCCGGUGCGUACGGCACCUUUACGAGCUACGAUGACUUCAGCAACAUCACCGCCGCCUCCUUCCUGAGUUCGAAGGGAAAGAAGACACCGACCUUUGUCCGCUUCUCGACGGUAGCUGGCUCCCGCGGCAGUGCCGACACGGCCCGCGAUGUCCAUGGUUUUGCCACCAGGCUCUUCACCGACGAGGGAAACUUCGACAUUGUCGGCAACAACAUUCCCGUCUUCUUCAUCCAGGACGCCAUUCAGUUUCCCGACCUCAUCCACUCCGUCAAGCCCAGAUCCGACAACGAGAUCCCCCAGGCCGCCACCGCCCACGACUCCGCCUGGGACUUUUUCACUCAGGAGACGUCGACCAUGCACACUCUGUUCUGGGCCAUGGCUGGAUACGGCAUCCCUAGAAGCUUCAGGCACAUGGUGCGUCUCGGCUUCCCCCUCCAGAGAGCCGCCACCGCCGCAUGCCUUCUAACAGGAGACCAGGACGGCUUCGGCGUCCACACCUUCCGAUUCGUCAACAACGACGGCCAGACGAAGCUCAUCAAGUGGCACUGGAAGACGAAGCAGGGCAAGGCAAGCCUGGUGUGGGACGAGGCCCAGCAUGUCGCCGGCAAGAACGCCGACUUUCAUCGGCAGGACCUCUUUGACGCCAUCGAGUCGGCCAACUAUCCCGAGUGGGAGCUGAACGUGCAGAUGAUCGAAGAAGAGGACGCCCUCGCAUUUGGCUUCGACGUCAUGGACCCGACAAAGAUCAUCCCCGAAGAGCUCGCGCCACUGCGCAAAGUGGGCGUCAUGAGGUUGGACGCCAAUCCCGUCAACUACUUCGCCGAGACGGAGCAGAUCAUGUUCCAACCCGGCCACAUUGUGCGCGGCAUCGACUUUACCGAAGACCCUCUGCUACAGGGUCGCGUCUUCUCCUAUCUCGAUACGCAGCUCAACCGGCACGGCGGCCCCAACUUUGAGCAGCUGCCCAUCAACCGACCGUUGGGAAAGAUUCACAACAACAAUCGCGACGGUGCUGGCCAAAACAUGAUCCACAAGAACACGGCCCCUUACUCACCCAACACGUUGAACAAGGGCUUCCCGAAGCAGGCCAACCAAUCUGCGGGCAAAGGUUUCUUCACCGCGCCUCGUCGCUCGGUCCAAGGACACCUCGGCCGCCGACGGAGCCCGACCUUUUCUGACCAUUGGAGUCAACCCCGUCUGUUCUACAACUCGUUGACAAAAGUCGAGCAGCAGUUUCUCAUCGACGCCAUCCGCUUCGAGACGAGCCAGAUCGAUGCCGCCCUGCAGCGGAGGGUGCUGGCGCAGCUCAACAAGAUCAGCCACGACGUCGCCGUCCGCGUCGGUAGGGCCUUGGGCUUGGAGGCCCCCGCAGCGGAUCCCGAGUACUACCACGGCAACAGGACGACGGGCAUCACCAUCUUUGGGGAGAUGCUUCCCACCAUUGCCGGCAUGAGGGUCGGCGUGCUGGCGUCGACAGAGUUCAAAGAGACCAUCUCGCAGGCCACAGCGCUGAGAGACGCCCUCAGGGCCGACAAGGUCGACGUCCUCACCGUCGCCGAGACUCUCGCCGACGGCGUGGACAGAACGUACUCGGGUGCCGACGCCGCCGGCUUCGAUGCCAUCGUCGUCGCCGCUGGUUCCGAGACGCUGUUCGAUGGCCGCCGGAAGAAGUCGACGCUGUACCCGCCCGGACGACCGCUCCAGAUGCUCAUGGACGGGUACGGCUGGGGCAAGCCGGUUGGCUUCCUUGGCCGCGCGGACGAGGCGUCGACGGCCGCUGGAGUCACCGGCGGACCGGGUGUCUACAGGCGCGCCGGCCAGGACAUUGCCGGUAUGGCCAAGGACCUGCGUGAGGGGCUGGCCGUGUUCAAGUUUACAGACAGGUUCCCGACGGAUGAUGAAUGA